CAUGCCGCUCAAAAAUCGCGCGUGCACCUCGAGAAUUGGUGCCGAGUGGCCGAGUUGAGUUGCUCGGAGCCAUCUUUGCGACUUCCUUUGCGCCGCGAGCAACUCGACGUGCAGAAAGCGCUGCGGGAGGGCUCAAAACGCUGUGAGGCGCCAAAAGGCCCAAGCUGACAGCACACGCGCGCGCACCCUGCACGCACGCAGAUUAGGACACGCAGAAAAAAGACAAUGGACGCCUUCGUCAAGAAGCGCAAGGCCCCCGACGGCGCCGACAAAGUGCGGCCGACCUUUGUGGUGUGCCCCGGAGCCGGCGGCGGCGACUGCGCCGCCUUGACCCAAGCGCUGGCGACCUUCGGCAAGACCACAACAAUUGCCAAUGGCAAGUGGGCGGGGAACUUCCCUUCCCAGAUGGGCGCGAACGUCCAGCUGGUCGUCGAUGCGGCCCGAAGAGCCGCGGCGGACGGCGCGCCAGUUAUCUUGGUGGGCCACUCCUUCGGGUGUCGCGUCGUUGCGGAAUUGCUGACGAGCGAGGCGGUCCCGAAGCCGUCUGGUGUGCAGAGAUUGCCUUCCAACGUCAUUACGAGUGGCGCGGUCCUGGAAUCAUUUCCGCUCUAUGGCCCGUCGCCGCCCAAGCCCUCUACCGAUAGGGAAGUGUCGAUCCGGAACCUCCCUUCUCAGUCCAAGAUUUUAUUUUUGAGUGGAGCCAAGGACGAGUUCCUGGAUAGGAGCAAGCAGUGGCGCUCGGGUCAACCCGUGGGCGAGGCUGCGUUGAAAGCGGUCCUUGCUACGUCUCAAUGCGACCCCACGGUGGUCAUGGUCGACGGCGCGAGACAUGCGGCCUUCAAGGUUGCGAAAGCAAAGAGCGACACGGUCCGCCGGAGCAACAUCGCCGCGAUCAAGGCGCACGUCUUCGAGCGUUUGUUAACGACGGCGCGGCCCGUGACGGCGCCCGUGCCCGCUCCGAACAAACCGCCGCCUCUCGUGAAGCCUGUAGCUUUAAGGCCGCCGACGCCGCCACCUUCUUCUGAAAUAGUGCCGCCGUCCACGACCGAGCGGCCCGAGCCCGAGCCGCUGAAGGUCGCUCUACCUGAAGCGGGCCUGGCCAACUUCAUGGCCAAACCUGAUGUGUCGAGCCCGGAGCCGAAGAAGGCGCGCCCGAACGCGGAGAACUAACGCCACACCUCAUGGUGUGGACCUAACCUAAGUAUAUUGCCUG